CGCCUCGAGGUCAGGCUGCCGCGACCGCCCCGGCUGCUUGGGCUGCGCCCGGGGGAGGCGUCGGGGUGAUGGCGGUGGAGACUCUGUCCCCGGACUGGGAGUUCGACCGCGUAGACGACGGCUCGCAGAAAAUUCACGCUGAAGUCCAACUUAAGAAUUAUGGGAAAUUUCUUGAAGAGUAUACAUCUCAAUUGAGAAGAAUUGAGGAUGCACUGGAUGAUUCAAUUGGAGAUGUUUGGGAUUUCAAUCUUGAUCCUAUAGCAUUAAAGCUUUUGCCUUAUGAACAGUCUUCUCUUUUGGAACUCAUAAAGACUGAAAACAAGGUCUUAAACAAAGUCAUCACUGUUUAUGCUGCACUUUGUUGUGAAAUCAAGAAAUUAAAAUAUGAGGCUGAAACUAAAUUUUAUAAUGGGCUCUUAUUUUUUGGAGAAGGAGCUACAGAUUCCAGCAUGGUGGAAGGUGACUGCCAAAUUCAAAUGGGUAGAUUUAUUUCAUUCUUACAGGAACUGUCUUGUUUUGUUACCAGGUGCUAUGAAGUGGUGAUGAAUGUAGUCCAUCAGUUGGCUGCCCUCUAUAUCAGUAACAAGAUUGCACCCAAAAUUAUAGAGACAGCUGGAGUUCACUUUCAGACUAUGUAUGAGCACUUGGGAGAGCUGCUAACAGUUUUGCUUACCCUGGAUGAAAUUAUUGAUAAUCAUAUCACAUUGAAAGACCACUGGACUAUGUAUAAAAGGUUACUGAAGUCUGUCCAUCACAACCCUUCAAAAUUUGGAAUUCAGGAAGAAAAGCUAAAACCAUUUGAAAAGUUCUUGUUGAAGCUAGAAGGGCAGUUACUUGAUGGAAUGAUAUUUCAGGCCUGUAUUGAACAGCAGUUUGAUUCUCUCAAUGGAGGAGUAUCUGUCUCAAAAAAUAGCACUUUUGCUGAAGAAUUUGCACAUAGUAUUCGCUCAAUUUUUGCCAACGUGGAAGCCAAACUUGGAGAACCUUCUGAAAUUGACCAGAGAGAUAAGUACAUUGGAAUUUGUGGACUCUUUGUACUGCACUUUCAAAUUUUUCGAACUGUUGAUAAAAAGUUUUAUAAGUCUUUAUUGGACAUUUGUAAGAAGGUGCCAGCCAUCACUCUAACUGCUAAUAUUAUUUGGUUUCCUGAUAAUUUUUUGAUUCAGAAAAUACCGGCAGCUGCCAAACUUCUAGACAGAAAAAGUCUUCAAGCCAUUAAAAUACACAGAGAUACUUUCCUACAGCAAAAAGCUCAAUCACUUACCAAAGAUGUACAGUCUUACUAUGUCUUUGUGAGCUCAUGGAUGAUGAAAAUGGAAUCUAUUUUAUCUAAAGAGCAGAGAAUGGAUAAAUUUGCUGAAGACCUCACCAACAGAUGUAAUGUUUUUAUACAGGGCUUCUUAUAUGCAUAUAGUAUUAGUACCAUUAUUAAAACCACAAUGAAUCUCUACAUGUCCAUGCAAAAGCCAAUGACCAAAACCUCAGUGAAAGCAUUAUGCAGGCUUGUUGAACUUCUCAAGGCAAUAGAGCAUAUGUUCUAUAGGAGAAGCAUGGUUGUGGCUGAUUCAGUGUCACAUAUAACACAGCACCUUCAACAUCAGGCUCUUAAUUCUAUUUCUGUGGCCAAGAAAAGAGUAAUUUCUGACAAAAAGUAUAGUGAACAGCGUCUUGAUGUGCUCUCUGCUCUAGUUCUGGCUGAAAACACUCUGAAUGGACCAAGCACAAAGCAGCGACGGCUUAUUGUUUCUUUAGCACUAAGUGUGGGCACACAAAUGAAAACAUUUAAAGAUGAAGAACUCUUUCCACUUCAAGUAGUCAUGAAAAAGCUGGAUCUAAUCAGUGAGCUUAGAGAAAGGAUCCAAACACAAUGUGACUGUUGUUUUUUAUACUGGCAUCGAGCUGUCUUCCCAAUUUAUUUAGAUGAUGUAUAUGAAAAUGCUGUUGAUGCAGCUAGACUACAUUACAUGUUCAGUGCUUUACGUGACUGCGUGCCUGCUAUGAUGCAUGCAAGGCAUUUAGAAUCUUACGAGAUACUUCUGGAUUGUUAUGACAAGGAAAUCAUGGAAAUUUUAAAUGAGCAUUUGCUGGAUAAGUUGUGCAAAGAAAUAGAGAAGGAUCUGCGACUGUCUGUGCAUACACAUUUAAAGCUGGAUGACCGAAAUCCUUUCAAAGUUGGCAUGAAAGACCUGGCUCUCUUUUUCUCUCUGAAUCCAAUUCGGUUUUUCAAUCGUUUCAUUGACAUUCGCGCUUAUGUGACUCACUACCUGGACAAGACUUUCUACAAUCUGACAACAGUUGCUCUUCAUGACUGGGCCACUUACAGUGAGAUGAGAAAUUUAGCUACUCAGCGCUAUGGAUUGGUCAUGACAGAGGCACAUCUUCCUAGCCAGACUUUGGAACAGGGCCUGGAUGUUUUGGAAAUUAUGAGAAACAUUCAUAUAUUUGUGUCUCGAUAUCUCUAUAAUCUCAACAAUCAGAUUUUUAUUGAACGAACAAGCAAUAACAAACAUUUGAAUACUAUUAACAUUAGGCAUAUUGCUAAUUCAAUUCGAACACAUGGCACAGGAAUCAUGAAUACAACGGUUAAUUUUACCUACCAGUUUUUGAAAAAGAAGUUCUAUAUAUUCAGCCAAUUUAUGUAUGAUGAACAUAUCAAAUCCAGAUUGAUUAAAGAUAUUCGGUUUUUCAGGGAAAUCAAGGAUCAAAAUGAUCAUAAGUAUCCUUUUGAAAGAGCAGAAAAAUUCAAUCGAGGUAUCAGAAAACUUGGAAUAACCCCAGAGGGACAGAGCUACCUUGACCAGUUCAGACAACUCAUCAGCCAAAUUGGCAAUGCCAUGGGCUACAUACGGAUGAUAAGAUCUGGGGGUCUUCACUGCAGCAGCAAUGCCAUCAGAUUUGUGCCUGAUCUUGAAGAUAUUGUAAAUUUUGAAGAACUAGUAAAAGAAGAAGGUCUUGCAGAAGAAACAUUGAAAGCAGCAAGGCACUUGGAUUCAGUCCUCAGUGAUCACACACGAAAUUCUGCAGAAGGCACAGAGUAUUUCAAAAUGCUUGUAGAUGUUUUUGCUCCAGAAUUUCGAAGGCCAAAGAAUAUACAUCUCCGAAAUUUCUAUAUCAUUGUCCCCCCUCUGACCCUCAACUUUGUAGAACAUUCCAUUAGUUGUAAGGAGAAACUGAAUAAAAAAAAUAAAAUAGGAGCUGCUUUUACUGAUGAUGGCUUUGCCAUGGGUGUGGCUUACAUUCUAAAGCUUCUGGAUCAGUACCAGGAAUUUGACUCACUUCACUGGUUCCAGUCUGUUAGAGAGAAGUACCUGAAAGAGAUAAGGGCAGUUGCAAAGCAACAGAAUGUUCAGUCAACUAGUCAAGAUGAAAAACUACUGCAGACCAUGAAUCUCACUCAGAAGCGUCUGGAUGUCUAUCUACAGGAAUUUGAAUUGCUCUAUUUCUCACUGAGCAGUGCAAGAAUUUUCUUCAGAGCUGAUAAGACUGCAGCUGAAGAGAACCAAGAAAAGAAAGAGAAGGAAGAAGAGACUAAGGCCAGCAACGGAGACCUGGCUGACAGCACCGUGUCUGCGGAUCCCGUUGUGAAAUGAGCCUGGCGGUGCACACUGCCCAUUAGCAGAACGGGUCAGGACUGUUGCCAGUGAAAUGGAUGCUACUCAGCAGUGAAGUGUUUCCUGGGCCACUCUGGAAGUAUUUAGAUGCUGCAACUCUUUAAGGCAGUGCUCUAAAGUUAAGUACAUUCCUCUUCUAAAGGCUCUCCUUGCAAAGGGUAAGGAGAGAUUUUUAAAACUGGAUUUUUUUUGCCUGGACUUUUAAGGCUAAGAGAUGUGCCUAGAACAGUUAUUUGAAGUGAAGUUCUGGAAAGGCAAAUCCAGGUUACUAAACUGCCACCUCAGAUCUCUUGUAAUCUACGUGAAUGUUUGUAGUUUGUAUUUGCAUAGGUCUUUGGUCCAUAUGUGGCUCAGUCAUUGGAAAUUCAAUGUAUAGAUUAUGUACAGCCAGUAAAUACAUUUUAAACAAAAGAAAUUGAGCCUACAGUUCAUAACACAUACAUAUCAAAAUAUUCUUAUAAAAAGGAACAUAUGAAGAUGGUUUUGAUACAAGAGGAGAGGCACUGCUGAGUGCCCUUCAUGUACAGUAUAAACUGAUUCAAUGUUAAUUUCAUGUGACUCACAGGAGCUGCUGCUGUCUUUGGUGGGACAUUUUAUAACUAGUUUACAUUGCUUUGAGAACUUUUAACCUCCAACAACUGCUUUAAGUGUAGGAUUUACUUAAUACUCAAGAUGAAAGAAAAUUCAGAUAAAGCCAUAGAGUCCUGUUUGAUGCUUCACUUUUGGUUGAAGGCACUGUGUAGGAUAUCAGAAAAUGGAAUGAAGUCUUAUUUCUACAUCCAAACUCAGGUUUCUUCUAUGUUAGGUUAAAUUGAAAUUUUGGUGAUGGUUUGAGCAGACUUUUUCUUUAAACCAAGUAUAAUCUAAGACAUCAGAUUAAACACUGUGCAGGCUUUUAAAAAAUAACCACUGUGAGAAUAAAGUUUAGUAAAUCAUUUAUCAAUUUAAAAAAAUGAAGAAAGCUUUUGAGUAAAUUUAGUUCUUGGCAAGCUAUUAGCUUUAUUUUUGUAAAGGUUAUAUCACUUAAUAGCUGAAUGGUUAAUAGUUAAUGGCCUAUGAGCGUUUAAUAUGAUACCUUUACAACAACAACAAAAAGACUGCUUAACUUUACAUGUAAUACUAACAUCAUUUUGGGAAAUACUUGAUUUUUCCAUUGUACAUGCCUGCUAAGCAUUUCUUUGGGUACAUCCUGCAGAUAAUUCUAAAAUUGUUGUUUGAUUUCCAGCUUCUGGAAUUGGUGUACAGUGCCAAUUUGUUGGUUACCAUCAGGGUGCCUUCCCCUACCCUACUCCCCAAGAUAAACACUUUCACUGUUAAAUGGAGAAAAAGGCAGGAAAUGUUUUUGUUUAUUACAUAAACAAGACUUAGCAGAAUUAUGAGCGAUGAAUGGAUGAAGGCACUUAAUAUUUGUAAUUCAUACUAACUGUAGAAAUGGCCCUAAAGCAUGCUGCAUAAUUAAUAUUUUCUUUAUUGUAAAUGUUUAUGUUAAUGAUCUUGCAUCUGAUUGUAUCACAUUUGCUACCAUUUCAUAGCAACUGUAUUGUUUUUCCUGUUUUUCUUCUAACUUCCCUAAUUCAUCUCCUUUAAUAAGGGAUAGAAAAUGUAACUAAGAGUUCUUUGUUUCUGUUCACUUGCUCCACACGUUAAUUAUUUUAUCAAGAAUUCACAUGCUGACUCCAUGGAGAUUUAUAGUUGAGAAGAAAGUGACAGAACUUUAUUUUGCCUUUAGUUCAAAAUAUCACUACAGUCUAGUAAGUAUAAUACAUUCAUAUCUUUGAUAUAAAAUCAGAACAGAUUAAGCAUAUAUAGAGCUAUUAAACUGCAGAAAAACAGGGCUUGAGUGUAUUCAUACCUAUUAAGGAUUAUGUUUUUUCUUGAUAACAUAUUCAAUGUUGGUAUAUUCAUUUUUUUCAGACAUACUGUAACUAAAAUUACUGAGCAUUUGUUGAAAAUUCACAGAAAACUUAAUGUUCAAAUUCUCAGGAAUUAAAGAUUAACCAUAACAUUGUCAGUUCUAAUGAACUUUUGUAAAAGAUGGCAAGUUUGUUACCUCCCCCAACUCUAAGAUAAUACAACAUGUAAAAUAAAACGUUAAUAAAUAUAAUUUCAAAAUUUUAUUUCCCCUCGAUGUUUAUGUUCAAAAUUUAAUGUCUUAAAAAUCAGCAGUUUUUAUCAUUGAGCUUUUUGGGGUUCCUCUUUAUAAAAUAUAUGGACUCUGUCUUUAAAAAAAUACUUGCAUGCAUAUAGGCAAACAUUUCAAGUAUAAAUUUGGUAUUUGCUUCUCUCCAUGUAUCCCAAGUAAACUUUGGUUUUCUUUAUACAUUCUUGAUCUUCCCAUUGCUUGCUCUUUUCAAUUAAAAAGACCCUGCAUGAAUGUUUCAUUUUAGAGGUCCAGUGUGCUACCCACUGCCCCACAAGGUCAAACAUUUCAUUUUAAAUCAUCCUGAGAAGGCAUCAUUAGUUUGCAGUUUCAUGUCAGAAACAACAAAGUGCAAAUUGCAGUGCAUGUUGUUAUAUUCUUGUAACUUGCAAACAUGAGUUGAACUGAAACAAGAGUCUUCUAAAUAUUAUAUUGGAGACAAGAGACAUGAACCUUUAAUACUAUCCUGGCAAAUUGUUUUAAAUCUGAUUGCUACUCCUGUUUCCAUCUGUAGUAGUAAAUGUCUAAGAUUGUGGGGCAAAAAUGAGCUAAAACCAUCACAUACAUCAUCAUGUUACUCUUUUAUGCUUUGUUAAA